GGGUCUCUCCGCCGCAGACAUGAUGAAGGGUCUUGUUUUAGGAAUCUAUUCCAAAGAAAAGGAAGGUGAUGUGCCACAGUUCACAAGUGCAGGAGAGAAUUCUGAUAAACUGAUAGCUGGAAAGCUGAGAGAGACACUGAAAAAAUCUGGACCACCUCCGAAGGCAGGCAAGACUCGAACCUUUUAUGGUCUGCAUCAGGACUUCCCAAGUGUGGUACUAGUUGGCCUCAGCAAAAAAGCAGCUGGAAUCGACAAACAGGAAAACUGGCAUGAAGGCAAAGAAAACACCAGAGCUGCCGUUGCAGCGGGGUACAGGCAGAUUCAAGACCUGGGGCUCUCUUCCAUGGAGGUGGACCCCUGUGGAGAUGCUCAGGCUGCUGCAGAGGUUGCUGUGCUUGGUCUCUAUAAAUACAAGGACCUAAAGCAAAAAAAGAAGAUGGCCAUGUCAGCAGUGAAGCUCUAUGGAAGCGGGGAUCAGGAGGCCUGGCAGAAAGAAGUCCUGUUUGCUUCUGUGCAGAACUUGGCAUGCCAGUUGAUGGAGACACCAGCCAACGAGAUGAUGCCAACCAGAUUUGCUGAAAUUAUUGAGAAGAAUCUCAAGAGCGUUAGUAGUAAAAGUGAGGUCCACAUUAGAUCCAAGCCUUGGAUUGAGGAACAGGCAAUGGGAUCAUUCCUCAGUGUGGCCAAAGGAUCUGACGAGCCCCCAGUCUUCUUGGAAAUUCACUACAAAGGCAGCCCCAAUGCAAACGAACCACCCCUGGCGUUUGUUGGGAAAGGAAUUGCCUUUGACAGUGGUGGUAUCUCCAUCAACGCUUCUGCAAAUACGGACCUCAUGAGGGCUGACAUGGGAGGAGCGGCAACUAUAUGCUCAGCCAUUGUGUCUGCUGCAAAGUUCAAUUUGCCCAUUAAUAUUAUAGGUCUGGCAUCUCUUUGUGAAAAUAUGCCUAGCGGCAAGGCCAACAAGCCAGGGGAUGUUAGAGCCAGGAACGGGAAGGCCAUAGAGGUUGAUAACACUGAUGCCGAGGGGAGGCUCAUACUGGCUGAUGUGCUCUGCUACGUGCACACAUUUAACCCAAAGGUCAUCCUCAAUGCCGCCACCUCAACAGGUGCCAUGGAUGUAGCUUUGGAGUCAGGUGCCACUGGGGUCUUUACCAAUUCAUCCUGGCUCUGGAACAAACUCUUUGAGGCCAGCAUUGAAACAGGGGACCGUGUCUGGAGGAUGCCACUCUUCGAACAUUAUACAAGACAGGUUGUAGAUUGCCAGCUUGCUGAUGUUAACAACAUUGGAAAAUAUAGGUCUCCGGGAGCAUGUACAGUUGCGGCAUUCCUGAAAGAAUUCAUGACUCAUCCCAAGUGGGCACAUUUAGACAUAGCAGGCGUGAUGAUCAACAAAGAUGAGGGUCCCUAUCUACGGAAAGGCAUGAUCGGGAGGCUAAGGACUCCCACAGAGUUCUUACUUCGUUUCAGUCAAGACAAUGCUUAG